AUGGCAUCUACAGCAUACAAGCAGUACGACGUGGUUGUGGUCGGCGCUGGGCUUAGUGGCCUCCAAGCCGCUCACUUGGUGCGAGCGGCAGGCUUCAGCGUAUGCGUGGUGGAGGCUACCAACCGCGUCGGCGGGAAGACAUUGACUGUCCAGUCCUGUGAGAAGGGUUUCAAUGAUCUCGGUGCCUCUUGGAUCAAUGAUACCAACCAGCGUGAGAUGUUCAAGCUCUAUAAGCGAUAUGGUAUCGACAUCGAAGUUCAACGCGAUAGUGGAGAAACCCUUAUCCAAUCAGCGGAUGGAUCAGUUACGAAAGUGCCAUUCGGGGAGCUGCCAGGAAAUCUAGAUGUGUUAGGGAAACUACUUAACGUGUUUCAAACUGAAUACUCGAUGAUUGACUUGGAUAACCCUACCAACUCUGCCCGGGCCAGAGAAAUCGAUCAACUCACAUUCCGCGAGUUCUGCAUCCAAAAGGCUGCUUCUGAAGGUGCAGUUGAGAUUGCUAAUCUAUUGUCUGCGUGUCUGCUCGGGGUGGAAAGCGAAGAAGUCAGCGCCCUCUAUAUGCUGCUCUACUUCAAGAGUGGCGCUGGCAUCGAGAAUAUUAUCUCGGAUCAGAAAGACGGCGGGCAAUACCUGCGAAACCGACAAGGAAACCAAACUAUCUCCCAGAAGAUGGCCGAGGAGCUUGGUCCAAACUCCGUCUAUCUCCGUACUCCGGUCACUACUAUUGACCAGUCUCAAGGCGGACACUGCACUGUCUAUACGGACGGUGGCAUAAGCUUCCAAUGCAGAAGAGUGAUCGUCUCUAUCCCCACGAGUCUGUAUCAUCAGAUUGCCUUCAAUCCUGCGCUUCCGAAGGGCAAGGCCUUGCUGAGCGACAACACGGCAACAGGAUAUUAUACCAAGGUUAUCUACGUAUUCAAGGAGCCUUGGUGGCAAAAUGCUGGACUCUCGGGUGUCCUAGACUCCGAAAAAGGCCCGAUCAUUUUCACUCGAGACACAAGUAUCCCCGUGGAUGACCAGUGGUCUAUUACUUGUUUCCUUGUCGGUGAUAAAGGCAGAAAUUGGUCCAAGCUCCCCCGGAACGUCCGACUCCAGCAGGCCUGGGACCAGUUUAGUCAGAGCUUUGGCAAAUUUGUCGAUGUCCCUGCACCGACCAAUACGUUGGAGAUGGAUUGGGCUAAGGAGGCUUUUUUCCUCGGUGCUCCUUGCCCAAUCACUACUCCGGGGGUCCUUACAAAGGUUGGAAGUGAGCUAGCGACUCCUGUUAGUCGGGUGCAUUUUGUAGGCACCGAGACCUCUCGCGAGUGGCGUGGAUACAUGGAAGGCGCUGUCCGAUCUGGCCAGCGUGGAGGAGCAGAGGUGGUUAAAGCAUUGUUGGCAGAGCCUAUGGCUCAUCUGUGA